AUGCGACUGCCGACCGCCAGAUACGAGCCCUACAUGCAGAAAUUCUACGAGUCACUGGGCAGAUCGAUCGGCUCCCAUCCAUGGCUAUACAUUAUUGCUCUCCUCACCUUCACCCUCAUCUCAUCGGCCGGUCUCCUGCGCUUUCAUCAGAUCAACAAUGCCCGACUGACAUUCACCGAUUCGCGAGCCCCGUCGAGAUAUGAGGGACGGGUGGUUGAACAAUUCCUACGCCAAAACGGCACCCUCAGCAUUGUCGAGGUGCUCGUAUCGGCCCGCGACAACGGCAGUCUGUUACGCCCCGACCAAUUUGGACAACUCCAAAAGUUCGCCCGCGACAUCAGGAAGCUGACCGUGUGGGAUGACGGCCCAAAACGGCGCAUCGGAUUCGCCGAUCUGUGCGAGCCGUAUUGCCAGAAAAACGCUGCGUUUGAUGCGGUCACCCGGGUCAUUGAUGCCAAUUUGAGCAGCGUUGAGAUCGCUUAUCCGACAACGGAAAUCCUUGGGGAAAAGGUGUUCAUCGCCAACAACUUCUACCGCAUCCGCGUCGACCUCGAGACGAAACGGCUGUUGGAUUUCCGGACGGUAUUGCUGCACUAUUUCCUCGUCCACCCUGACCCGUCAUUAAUGCUCAAAUGGGAGAAUGAGCUGGUAAAGUUGUGCUACGCGUCGAAACGCUACAACUUUCUUCGCGUCCUCGUUGUCACCGAUUCCCUCGUCGCCAAGGAGGUUAAGAAACUCGGCACCGACACGGCACCACUUCUCUCUAUCGCACUCGCCGCGCUGAUGGUUUUCCUCUGCGUCUCUUCGUUACGCUAUCACCGAGAAGAAUCGAAGCCAGUCGAGGCGGUGCUCGGCGGGGCGAUCCCCAUAUUGGCAUCAGUGGCGACCAUCGGCAUCGUGUCGGCCACCGGAUUGGCGUUCCAAAGUAUUGUCGUCAGUACGCUGUUUCUAUUGUUGGCGAUAGGGGUGGACGACGUUUUCAUCAUGUUGGCCGCAUGGCAUCGUACGGAUCGAAGAUGUCGGGUGGAGGAACGGGUCGCCGCAACUGUUCGGGAAGCGGGCUGCUCGAUGACGGUGACCACCGUGACCAAUCUAAUCUCAUUCGGCAAUGGCGUCUUUUCGUCCACACCCGUCCUUCAGACGUUCGCCAUCUACUCUACCGUAGCCUCGGCGGUGUGCUUUGUCUUUCAGCUUCUCCUCUUUCCGGCCAUUUUGGCCCUGACCGCCAAUAGGGAAAUACGAGACGAUACUGUAGCCAACAAGAAACGACACUCCUGCCUCCCGGAUCGUCUAGAAUUCGUCAAAAAGGGCGGUAUUGCGCACGACGACAUUUUUCGGCGGCUUUCCGAUUGGGUUUGCUCAACAUGGAUGAGGGUUACCGUGGUUCUGUUCCUAUGCAUCUACUGGUCGAUUUCGCUAUAUGGUGCCCUUCAAGCGCGUACCGAGCUGGGCAUCCAGCACUUUGCCGAUAAAUCCAGCCUAACCGCCCAAUUUAAGGUGGAACACGAGGAGGUUAUUAAGUCAAUGCAAACGCUGGCCAUCGUCGUGCAGACGCCGGGCGAUCUGCGAAAUAGCACGAAUAUGGAGAGACUUAGGUCGAUGAUCAGGGCCUUCGAGACAGAGCAAUACUCUUACGGGGCCGAGUCGACGUUUUACUGGCUGGAGCGGUACGAGGAAUUCCUGCAAUUCUACGAGGUCACCGACGAGGAAGGGAAGGAGAAAUUCACCUACGUGUACCUGCCGGAUUUUUUGGCCUCGCCUGCUAAACAACACUAUCGAGGGACAAUAAAGAUGAACGAGUCAGCCUGCCGGGUGGACCAUCCAGAUUGUAUCACUUCGUUUCUCCUCACCACAGGCUUCACUACCGUAUCCCACUACAACGAGAUGCAUCCGCUCAUCGAAAAAUGGCGGGCAAUUUCCAGAAAAUAUCCGGAAUUCGCGGCCGUCUCCUACACCGAAAGACAUAUGUUUGCCGAUCAGGUCGUUCCUCCGGAGCGUUUU